GCUGACCCAGCUCCUCGGUGUGUGGUCGCCAGGACGGCCCUGCCCUCCGAGGGAGGCGGCUCCCGACCCGUUCUCCCCCCACCAAUCCGUGUCACUGAGGCUGUCCUUGGCCUCGACACGGGGUGGGGUGGGAAGUGGGGCAAGGGAUGGCCUUCAGGCCCCUCGCUCACCCCUGAGGGUGACCCCACACCCUGCCCCCAGUACGGCAUCGUCCUGGACGCCGGCUCCUCCCACACGUCCAUGUUCAUCUACAAGUGGCCGGCGGACAAGGAGAAUGACACUGGCAUCGUGGGCCAGCACAGCUCCUGUGACGUGCGCGGUGGGGGCAUCUCCAGCUACGCAGACAACCCCUCGGGGGCCGGCCAGAGUCUUGUUGAAUGCCUGGAGCAGGCGCUGCGGGACGUGCCCAGGGAGAGGCACGCGGGCACGCCCCUCUACCUGGGAGCCACAGCGGGCAUGCGCCUCUCCACGCAGCUCACCUUCGAGGCGGCCAGCCCCACCGAGGACCCGGCCAAUGAGGUCCAGCUGCGGCUCUACGGCCAGCAGUACCGCGUCUACACCCACAGCUUCCUCUGCUACGGUCGCGACCAGAUCCUCCAGAGGCUGCUGGCCAGUGUGCUCCAGACCCGCCGCCCUCACCCCUGCUGGCCGCGGGGCUACUCCACUCACGUGCUGCUCCGGGACGUGUACGAGUCCCCGUGCACCGCGGCCCAGCGGCCCCAGACCUUCAACAGCAGCGACGGGGUCAGCUUGUCCGGGAGUGGCGACCCCUCCUUCUGCCGCGGCCUCGUCUCCGGGCUCUUCAACCUCUCGUCCUGCCCCUUCUCCCGCUGCUCCUUCAACGGCGUCUUCCAGCCACCGGUGUCCGGGGACUUCAUCGCCUUCUCCGCCUUCUUCUACACCGUGGACUUCCUGCGGACGGCGAUGGGGCUGCCCGUGGCCACCCUGCAGCAGCUGGAGGACGCCGCGGUCACCGUCUGCAGCCAGACAUGGAGUGAGCUGCAGGCCCGGGCACCGGAGGCAGAGGCCCGCCUGCCCAACUACUGCCCCAUGGCCAUGUUCCUGCAUCAGCUGCUGAGCCAGGGCUACCGCUUCGACGAGCACGCUUUCAGCCGGGUGACCUUCCAGAAGAAGGUGGGCGCUGGCAGGAGGUCGCCCAGCGCCAUCUAG